UCUCAAACCACCGUCGUCCUCGCUGUCCAUGGCUCAUACAACUUCCCCUUCACACUCCAGGGAGCCCUCGGGUUCUUCUCCCUCCCCCCUGAGCUCAGAACCUUCUUCAGUGUCCCCAUCCUCCCCUGACUUUGAAUCUUUCUUCUCUGCCGCUGAUUCUGAGCUUGAUGUUCGCCACGAUAUCGCGCUCCUCUCAUACCUCCUUAGCCAUACUAAGGUCAAAGAUCGGAAGUCAGCCGCCAACGCCAAGGCUCUUGCGGCUUUGGAUCCUUGGACUUACUUGGCAUUCAUCAUCAACACCGGGGAAGCACCCUACGACAGGGCUGGUAAUAAGGUCAUCGCGGUCACCGGCCGAAUCGAUCGCGACACGAUCACUGCGGCGCUGGUCGCUCGCAAUACAUCUCCCCAUCGUCUCCCACCGGACACGCCGUCACUCCAGAUCAAAUCGCUGAAGCCCGUGAACCCUAAAGACGGAGCGUCCAUGCUGAGGGAAGCUAUUCGGAACCCCGAACGUCCUUCUAUGGAGUGCCAUAUCCGCGAUGUUAUCACCGCUCUCAACCACUUCGUCCAUUCUCCUCCCGCGUCCUCGGCCGAAGAGUCCAACCACAAGCGGGUGCAGACCAUGCAGUUCUUUUUCUUCAUCGCGAAACGCUGCUGCCUCAAACUUCGCGCUCGUAUUGCGAAUGGUAGGCGCAUGUGGUCUGCGCAUCCCACAUCCCUUAUACGCGAGUGGUACGCGUCGGAUCGCAGCCGAUCUCCCCAUCCUCAGACACUCGCACUGCCCGCCUUCUUGGAGCAGACCUUAGAGAAGGAUUACCAGCUUUCGCCAGCGAUGGAGCGCCGUCGGUUAUCGGGUGACCGGAUUCUGUAUAUCGUUGAACCGGAGAACGUAUUGCGAUGGGCCGAGAUGUUGGUCCAGUGCCAGGACAACAUGGACAAGUUGUUCGCGUCUCUUUCGCAGAGUAGCCCUGAGGCUCAGUCCCUCGCUUAUGCUGCGUAUAUAUCGGCGGCAAUCCUCGAUGCGGUCUUUCAGAAUGGCCUCCUCGAGGUCCUUCUCACGGAUGGUCUUGCACGGCAUAUGCAGGAGAAAUAUAUGGAGACUGUCGGGGAGCUGCGGCCGCCGAUGCUGAACAGCCUUUUUAUGUCACUUGGCGCAAUUCGCAAAGGGGUUGUACCCGAAGAGAUCGAUACAGCGGCAGUAGAAGACCCAGAAGUAGCCGAUCCCGAUGACAGCGAAGACGAGCUGAUGGCCUUCGAGAACAACAAGGAACACGUCAUUCGCUAUCUGAAGACUCUGGCGAUUCCCUUUGCCGCUGCUAGUUUCCUGGUCCACUACUGCCACAAGCUCUCACCGUUGUCGCUUGACCUAGAUGUUUAUGUGGUCUACGCUUCGUCCUCCACCCCCGCUGUCACCCAGAGACACAUCCGAGAGUUUAAGGAUGGGUUUCUACAGCAUUUUAUGUUCCCAGAUGAAGUGAAGGAGGAGAUUGACCAAGCUCUUUCAUCCCUGAAGUUCCAUUACAUCGGCUCUUUGCAUGCGGAGGCUAUCGUCAUGGCGCUAGCAUGCUCUGUCCACAAUGGAGUCCGAGCAGAAGGAGCUGAACUCCAGCAGCAGCUGUCUUAUCUCACACCCGUUUUUGAGGUGCCUUCAAUCCCGAUCGGAGUCAGCAAGAAGUGUUGCUUCUGCUGUGAUCUCCUUGCAUCUCUCCUCACGCGCUCACAGAGUGGCGGAAGACUUAGCUUUCUUCUUCAGGGUACACACUCUACUAUUUUUCCCUGGAUCCCCCCUGAUGGUAUUCCCCUUGAAGUGCUGAAGGAGAUGAGGAUUCAGCUUUUGAAAAUUUUUCAUAGCUCUAUCACUACGUAUGUGAAGUCAGUGCCGUCUCUUCAAACAUCACCAGCACAGUCUGUGCGUGAGCUGUUCCCCCUCGCCUCACCUUCGGAUGUAGACAGGUUGUUUUCAUAGUGGUGAAAAGUAGUAGCAAU